CCUCCCAUUGUUCAGUUCCAUUCACUCAUCAAUCAUCAACUUCGUUACCUUUACCGCCGCCACAUCCCCUCAAUCCGAUUAACAGUGCUACUACUACCGCGAGUAAAUUGCUUCAGGGACCAACAUUGCUAUAUUGCUAUACAAUUGCACACGCUCGCUGCCACACACAUCCACUUUCAGGUCCCACGCUCAUUCGCCGUCGUUUUCCAAAAUCAACUUGUCCGAUCUGAAUGCUCCGGUAAAACGAUUUCUAGCUCUUUGAGAGAGCUUCUUGUUUUUGGAUCCGAUUAGGUAUAUUCACUUCGCUGUCGUCCAAUUCGGGGACCCUCCGAAUAACAUCGUACCCCCAGGACCCCAACUCAUUCGCGUGUCACACUGCACCCGAAAUAGAGUCCCUCGAUCACAACCGACAUGAUGACUGUUCAAAACGAUUUGACCCAUCGGGGUGUAUCUGGUCAACAGCUUGCCCUCGAGGAUCGAUUUGAAGUAUUGAAGGAGAUUGGCGAUGGAAGCUUUGGCAGUGUCGUUCUGGGUAGAGUUCGGACGGCCGGUGCCAAUGUUGCUCGCCGAGGUACAGUGGUCGCUAUCAAGACAAUGAAGAAGAGCUUCGAGUCGCUAGCACCAUGUUUGGAACUCCGCGAGGUCGUCUUCCUUCGCACCCUCCCUCAACAUCCUCACCUUGUUCCCGCUCUCGACAUCUUCUUGGACCCCUACACCAAGAAGCUGCAUAUCGCCAUGGAGUACAUGGAGGGCAACCUCUACCAACUGAUGAAGGCUCGCGACCACAAGUGUCUCGAUAACGCAAGCGUCAAGAGCAUUCUUUUCCAGAUCAUGCAAGGUCUCGAACACAUUCACUCUCACCACUUUUUCCACCGCGACAUCAAGCCCGAAAACAUUCUCGUCACUACUUCCGGCCACAAUGAAUCUGGCAACACCUUCCGCCGAUACUCAGCUCUCGUUACUCCUCCUUCAACACCACCCACAUACACCGUCAAGAUCGCCGAUUUCGGCCUUGCCCGAGAGACACACUCAAAGCUUCCCUACACUACCUACGUAUCAACAAGAUGGUAUCGAGCUCCCGAAGUUCUUCUACGAGCUGGAGAAUACUCCGCACCUGUCGAUAUUUGGGCUGUUGGUGCCAUGGCUGUUGAGAUCGCUACACUGAAGCCCUUGUUUCCUGGUGGAAACGAGGUUGAUCAAGUUUGGCGAGUUUGUGAAAUUAUGGGCAGCCCUGGUAAUUGGUACAACAAGUCCGGUAACCGCGUUGGUGGAGGAGAUUGGCGUGAGGGAACCAGACUCGCUGGCAAGCUUGGCUUCUCAUUUCCCAAGAUGGCUCCUCAUGCCAUGGACACCAUUCUGCAAACACCACAAUGGCCCACCGCCCUGAGCCAGUUCGUUACUUGGUGCUUAAUGUGGGAUCCCAAGAACCGCCCAACAUCAUCACAGGCUCUUGCUCACGAGUAUUUUGCCGAUGCCGUUGAUCCCAUGCGACCCAAGUCUUCUGCCUCUCGAAUUCUUGGACGCAAGCAGUCUGACCUCAGCCGAAGCAGCAAGGAGGCUGCUACUACUACACCCACCUCUGUGAAGCAAUCUUGGUUCCGCAAGUCUCUAAUCGGGCGUUCUGAGAGCACCGACCUGGCUACCAUGCAGGCCCAGACAAAGGAUUCCACUGCCCCUCGACCCGCACCUGUACAUGCUUCAUCGGCUGUUGAGGCAUCCACUGGAAAGGUUCGCCCGGCUGCCGGAAAGAGGACCACAUGGACGAAUGGCCCAUCGAACGUAGCGCCCAUGCCUAUUCUUCCCACUGCGCGACCGAUCUCGCCGAUCCCUGAUGCUGGGAAGACCAAGAAACUUGGCCGACAGCUCUCUGUCGCUUCAAGCACAAACAACUACACAGAAAUGCAUCGGCAACAGGCAGAAAGGGCACUCAAUGGGAAUUCUGGCCUCGCCUCCCCUCCGAGUGGACAGAAGGAGAGCUUCUUUUCACAUCUCCGAAAGCGUGCGCGGCGGUUCUCGGGACGACAUCAGACCCCCGUCUCACCCGCCUAUGACGACGACCUGGAGGCCCAGGUUGGAUGUGGCCCUUGGGCUAGCAACCGGUCGUCCAUGGUUAUUGACCAAUCGCAACAACAGGCUCCCAUUCCUAAAUCCGAGGUCUACGAAUCCCUGGACAAGGCCCUCCGAGAUGUUCAGAACAACCUCGAUUCGCGACCUCCCGUUCCGCCCAGUCACCAGAUCUCGCCUACCAGCACCCUCAAGCGACAUCACUCGCUUCCUCAACACCAAGCCCGGUCAGUAGAUAACUUGAUCGGUGCUGCUCGCGGUGGGCCCGUCUCCAGUCGAACAAGGAGAGCCCAAGCGACACAUGGCGUGCACCAAUAUGAGGCUCCUGAUGAGGAAGACGAGCUUCUGGAUGAGGCUUUGACUUCAACUCAAAGGGCCAUCAAACGCAUGGAGCAGAACCAGAAUAAGCCUCUGCGUCAAUCGGCUAGCAACAUUGGGUUGAUGAACCCAUACCCUACACCCUCGCCCUCAGCCAACGGUAACCAGGUCCUGUUUGCUGAUGGUCACGAGGCUGUUACUCCCAAGCCACUGGAUCUCAACAAGAAGACUGAUAACCAGUACAAGUGGCCCACGCCGCCAUAUGAAGAGAGCGAAUGGGCAGCAUCGGCAGCCGCUAGCAUCUGGGCUGCUGGCAGUCGCUUCUAAGUUUCUUAUCUUGACAUAGUGUUACGAUUACAUCCAGUGGCGUGGAAAAAGUUAUUGAUAUCGACUCGCAUGGUCAUGGUGUUUGGGUGUUUGGGUUGAGAUAUGCAACCC